AACGGAAAUUUUGUACAAUAUAGUUAGUGAUGGGCCACACUUCACUGGCCCACUCAUGAUAAUUAACAUGGGCCAUGCGUUUUGUAGGAGCCGAAAAUAGGAAGGAUUAAUUGGGUUCAGCGUUUUGUAGCAUACUGUUUACUUAUUAUACCCAUUCAAAUUUACCAUCUUGUCCCUGGUUUAACUUGGCAAAAUACUAGCGUACCCUUCUAUUUUUUUCGCAGAUAUAGUGGCGGGAAUAUACCUAUGGCAUCCCAAAUUGGAGGGAUUUUCAGCAAUAAUCAGUAGAUAGCAAAGCAAUUUUUUUUCCUUCUCUUGAAAUCUGCCGGCGCAACUUUGACGGGAAAAGGAAAGGAAAAUCCAAUUUUUUUUCCUUCUCUUGAAAUCUGCCGGCGCAACUUCGACGGGAAAGGAAAAUCACUUCGUGCUACGUUCAAUUUCAAAGCAGAUCCGCAACGACCAUGAGUGAAACGCAACAAGUAGGCAGCAGCGACAUCGGUCGUGUGAGGGCAUCGAAGCCCGACAAGACACGCCGAAGCUGGACGCCCCGGGAGGAAGAAAUGUUGUUGGCCUCGCUCAAGGAACUCGUUGCUCAAGGUUGGAAGGCCGACAAUGGGUUUCGAGCUGGCUAUCUUUUGAAACUCGAAGAAUCUAUGCGCAAAGAAUUUGUCGGGACUGACAUAAAAGGGAUGCCGCAUAUCAAUUCCAAGCUUAGCGCGUGGAAAAAAAGCUAUAACUCGCUACUUAUGGCCCUCAAUGUUAGUGGAGUUGGGUUUAAUGCGAAGGGGACGUUCAUGUUAGAUUGUGACAACGAUCAGUGGGAGACGAUUGUGAAGAAGGAUUCAAACGCAACCAAGAUGCGUUUCAAAAGCUGGCCAAUGUUUGAAGAUUGGAAAGAAGUAUUUGGUAAGGACCGUGCAAAUGGCUCAAACGCAGAGGAUGUUAUGGAGGCAAUGCACAAGAUGUAUGCGGCUGAUAGUCUUGGUGAAGUAGGUGGCAAUCUUGGACAGCAGACUGGUGAUGGUUUACAGCAUCAUGUCAAUGAAGAUGGAGAAGCGACCGAAGAUGCAGAAGAUAGUGUCUGCCAGGGUGAGAAAAAGGUUUCAACUGCAAGAAAGGUGAGUAAAAAACGUAAAACAGGGGAAGGGGAAGAGAUGAAUGGCGUCUACAAGUGGCUCGGGGAGAUUAGUCGUGACACCAAAGAGCGCCUUGACAACCUUGCCACUCGCGUGGGAUACGAGUUUGAUCUCGGCAUGGCGAGGCAGACAGUAUACGAGCAAUUGGGUUUGAUUCCCGGGCUGGACAUGAAUGACAAGUUUGAUAUUUGUGAAAUUUUAGCGGACAAAGUUCAGCGCCUGGAGAUCUUCAUUGGGUUGCCUGCCGAAGCGAAGAUUCAGUACGUGGCACGUCUUCUUCAAGCUCAUCGUAAUGAGUCUCGUUUCCCCUGAACUGGCAGCGCUUGGUGUUAGUAUUUUGUGUGAUCUAGUUGAAUCCAAAACUUCUAUAUAGGAUCCAAGAUCUAUUUUGGCUUGUUUAUGUUUGGUUUAUGUGUAUAUAUUUUGUGUGAUCUAGUUGAAUCCAAAACUUCUGUAUA